AAUGAAUGGGGAGUCGGUGGGUCCGGCUCAGGGAUCGUGCAGGGCGGACGGACUGAUUUAAAGCGUGUUUCUUUUUUUUUAAAAAAAAAUUUAAAAAAAAACUUGCGGUGGAAUCAUUGUUUAUUUUUUCUCAAAAAAAAAACAAAGGUCGGUGAAGGGUUGUGCGUGCCAACGUUUGUGUUGUUACUGAGGUGCGGGCCAACGGAGAGGAUGGCCGAGCUGGUGCAGCGUCUGGGCGCUUGUUUCCCGGCCUGUCAGUCCAGCCAGAGCGAGCGGGCACAGCGCCGCAGGAGCCGGGAGAUUGACGCCUUGCUGGCCCGGGAGAGGCGCUACGUCCGGCGCCUGGUCAAGAUUCUGCUGCUCGGGGCCGGCGAGAGCGGCAAAAGCACUUUCCUCAAACAGAUGAGGAUCAUUCACGGCAAAGACUUCGACAGCAAAGCCCUGGAGGAGUUCCGGGACACCAUUUUCGAGAAUGUUAUUAAGACCCUGAAAUGGGAUAGCAAAAUCUGUCUGCAAGGCUCCAUUUGUAAACCCCAGCUUUCCGGUAUGAAAGUCUUGGUGGAUGCAAGGAAUAAGCUGAGCAUUCCCUGGGAAAACACUGAAAAUGAAAAGCAUGGAAUGUUUGUCAUGGCAUUUGAAAACAAAUGUGGCAUGCCAGUGGAGCCAGCCACAUUUCAACUAUAUGUGCCAGCACUUAGAGCACUCUGGCAAGAUUCAGGAAUCCAGGAAGCAUACGACAGAAGGCGAGAGUUUCAGCUGGGUGAAUCUGUGAAAUAUUUUCUGGAUAAUCUUGACCAGAUUGGACAAUUGAGUUACCUUCCCAGCAGGCAUGAUGUCCUACUUGCGAGAAAAGCCACCAAAGGAAUUGUGGAGCACGAUUUUGUCAUAAAAGGAAUUCCUUUCAAAAUGGUAGAUGUGGGUGGUCAACGGUCACAGAGGCAGAAAUGGUUUCAAUGCUUCGAUGGCAUUACCUCCAUUCUAUUCAUGGUUUCCUCCAGUGAAUAUGACCAGGUCCUAAUGGAAGACCGGCGAACAAGUCGUUUGGUAGAAUCAAUGAAUAUCUUCGAGACAAUUGUAAACAACAAAUUGUUUUCUUCUGUCUCCAUCAUUUUGUUUCUCAACAAAAUGGACUUGCUUGUGGGUAAGGUGAAAACAGUCAGUAUUAAAAAAUAUUUCCCAAAUUUUGAGUGGGACCCUCACAAUCUAGACGAUGUACAAAAAUACUUGGUUCAGUGCUUUAACAACAAGCGACGAGAUCGCACCAAACCACUGUUCCACCACUUUACAACAGCCAUUGACACGGAAAACAUUCGAUUUGUAUUCCACGCAGUGAAAGACACUAUUCUGCAAGAAAAUUUGAAAGAUGUAAUGUUGCAGUGAAGGGAUCAGCAUUUGACUUUGUGUUGCUCUUUGGUAUUCCCUCUGCCAUCAGCACCGUUUCCAAGAACUCAGUGGCUGACCGUUGUGGAUGUAAUAGGCAUCUCUGACUACAUGAAAGCUUGAUGCUUGACAGCAUCUUAUUGGAAGUGCUUAUAAGUGUCCUUUUUCACUUCAAGUGCUCCAACAUCAGAAGCAUUGUGAAUAAUGAUUUUAGACAUUUGUUGCACUAAGGGCUGUUUUCUGAUUGUGUUGGAUGAUAAAAUUGGGUAACUGAACAAUGUAUUCCAAUCGAUUAAGUUCCUUGAACAAAAAUAGCAUGCAAUUCAAGAGGUGCUUGCAUGGAACUCUGCUUCAAUUAAAAUUUCAGGGAAAGUUUAUUAUCCAAGCUAUUCAAUGGAUUCUAGCCCUCCUCCGCAUUCAGCUAUUUACUACUGCCUAAUGCAAAUUGGAUCUGAAGUCCAAAAUAA